AGAGCCAUCCGGCCGGGGGAGGACGUCCACAGAGCCGCCGUCUGUAAUGGAGAGCAACGGCAGCGUGUGCGCGACCGUAGGGAGUCGCCUGCACGACUCCUCCGAGUCGGACUCGGAGCCGGAUGGGGGUCUUGCCCGGCCGGCGGGUGUAGACCCCUCGCCCGGUUCCUUCGCACGCACCCAAGUAAUCCACAGCGGACACUUCAUGGUGUCAUCGCCGCACAGCGACUCUGCGGCGCGCCACAACAAGAGCGGCGGCUCUCUAAGAUAUGACUUCGACACGGUGAACAGGACCUGGUGCCAGACCUACCGGUACCACUCCGGUAGCCUAAGCAUCGACCCGACACUGACACGCCUUUUCGAGUGCAUGUCUCUGGCUUACAGUGGGAAAAUAGUGUCUCCCAAAUGGAAGUCUUUCAAGGGUCUGCGCUUGCUUUGGAGGGAUAAGAUCCGUCUGAACAAUGCAAUAUGGAGAGCUUGGUUCAUACAAUAUGUGGAGAAGAGGAAAAACCCGGUGUGUGGGUUUGUCACCCCGCUUGAAGGCUCCGAAGCAGAAGCUCAUCGAAAGCCUGAGGCAAUAAUUUUGGAAGGCAGCUACUGGAAGAGGCGGAUUGAAGUGGUGAUUAAGGAGUAUCACAAGUGGAGGAUUUAUUAUAAAAAAAGGCUCCAAAGGAAGAAGGAUGAUAUUCUGUCAAUGCUGCAAGAGGGUCAGAACAGCCAGGCCAAGCUGGACAGAUUUGCCAGUCAUUCCUAUCACCAACCUGAAGUUGCUCCAGUGGAAGCUCACAUGUUUGACCUGGAUUGCCUCCUCUCUGAUAUCUCCGACACUCUGUUCACGAUGACACAGAAACCCUGUCCCUGGACCAGCGACCGACACAACACAUACACAAGCAAUGCUGACAUGAUCCAGCCAGGCCUGACUCCACUGCAGCCCAGCAUGGAUGAUUUCAUGGACAUACCAGAUAUCUUUCUGAAUUAUCGAGGUCAGCUCACUGACCAGAGUAGUUUUGCAGACUGUCGCUACUUUGAAGGCCCACCCAUCACAGCUUAUGCUCCUCAUCCAUCUCCUGUUGUAACAGCCCCUGAGCUACUUAUUAAUCCCCAACUAAAUCAGCCAAGUCUGUCUUCUGAUGGUUUGCCCCAGCUGUCUACAUCCAGCCCACGCUCAGAACAUGCCAGGGCGAGCCAGGAUUGUGGAGAGUACCAUACACCCAGCACAGUGUCAGGAGCCAUGCCAUAUGGACAUCAGUCAUACCAUGAUGCAUCUGUUUCUACAGCAUACACCAGUAACACAGACCAACCGGUUUCUGCAAGUAUUCCCUUCCUGAACCCGCUGCCUUCUCACAAGUUUGGGUUCUACACAACGACCACUGUGACCCCCACUGUUAUCACUCACACGGCCUCCACCACCGGAGCCCAGGGCUCAGUGUACCCGGCUCAUACUUACGUUCCAGGGGUGGACCCAUACUCCCAGACCCACUGUUACCCGACCUCUGCAUCUGACCCGAUCCAUGUGGUACUGGGUCCUGUCACAGCGACCCAUUGCCUGUCUGUCCCAGAGCAGGUAGUCCUAACAGAGGUCAGAGGCAAACACAAGCAAAAAACGGGAGGACUGCGAACAGUUGGGUCACCCCCUUUGCCUUCCAACCCUGAAUCCAGUGCCACCAUGCCUACGGGCUGCUUGGUUCAACUGCUUUCCUGCAGCACACAUGAAAGAAAAACGACACUUGGAUAUAAUAGCACGACUUUGAUGACAAGCAAAGAUCAGAGGUCCACAUCCAAAGGCUCUGUGCAGAUGGGAAGGGAACCCCAAGUUGGCAGAGCAGCCUCAACACUUCAUCAUGGACCAGGUUGGCCUAAACCGAUGACCCCUAUGCUUAGCCACAGUGGAUCCCAUGCCAGCUCCUCUAGAGGCUCAGCCAUGUCUGCUGUCCUUGCCCAUGGGUCUACAAACAUCCCCACAGCCCUGCUCAUUCCCAAGAAAGAGAAGCUAUCACCCGUUCCACUCUAUGCCACAGAAAUGAGCAGCUUGACUGUUCAAUUUAGGGCUGAUCCAGGCCAACUAGCUCCACCUAACCCUGCAGACAAAGACUCCAACCCCAAGUUUCCACAUUCUGCCUUUUUAGGACAAGGAAAGCUGGAAUCUACCAAGCAAACAGAGACUAGGAGAAUCACUCACAUAUCUGCGGAGCAAAAGAGACGUUUCAACAUAAAACUGGGGUUUGACACUUUACAAAACCUUGUAACCACACUCAGCUCUCAGCCAAGUAUAAAGAUCAGCAAAGCCACGACCUUGCAGAAGACGGCAGAGUAUAUCAGCAAGAUGCAGCAGGAGAGAGCUCAACUGCAUGAGGAGGUUCAGCGACUCAGGGAGGAAAUACAGCACCUGAACUCUUCCAUCAAUGUUUGCCAGCAGCAGCUUCCAGCCACAGGUGUUCCCAUCACGCGGCAACGAUUUGACUACAUGAGGCAAAAGUUCAGAGAGUACGUCCGGGCUCAAACUUUACAAAACUGGAAGUUCUGGAUUUUCAGCAUCAUCAUCGAGCCUCUCUUCGAGUCCUAUAAUGGAAUGGUUUCUACAGCCAGUGCAGAAGACCUGUGUCGAUCCACUCUCUCCUGGUUGGACCAGCACUGUGCCUUGCCUGCGCUUAGACCCAUGGUUCUGAGUUCACUCCGUCUCCUAAGUACCACUACAGCCAUCCUAACUGACCCAAGCCUUCUACCGGAGCAGGCCACUCUAGCAGUGUCCCAGGGGGACACUGCUCCUGCUGUGGACCACUCCUUACAGCAGUAGUAUUAAAGUCUAAUAAAUAUAGCACAGCCCUUUUCUUACAUUUUUACAUCAUAGACUGAGAUUCAAAGAGAAAACAUGGCUCUCAGUCUCUAGUCUUAUCUAUCCAGAAGGUGCUCUGUUAGAGUCUGUGUAUGCCAACGCGGCUCAUGUACACCAAACCUUGCGCGUUGGUCCACAGUCAUGUUGGAAGAAGAAGUAGUCUACUUUUGGUUGGACUGUUCCUACAACAUUGGGAGGAUUGGGUUGUCUGAAGAUGUUCUUUCCGUGGUCCUGAGGGGCCACGCUUCUGAAAACAAACUCACAAAGCAGUCUGGAGUUUGGUAGAGAUUGGAUUUGAGAAAAACUUGGCAACCUCUGCACCUUAUGGGGCUCAGCAUCCUCUGCCCCGCUCCGUCUGCUUAUGAGGCCUACCAAUCUCUUGCUUAUUGUCUGUCAUUUCUGAUCGUAAUUUCAUUGCUAAUGACAAAGAUGACUUUGUCAUAAGCAAUAAAACUAUCACACCAUAAACCUCUUGAAUUAUAAUACCUGACUUAAAUUCAUAUGCGUUUGUGUGUGUGUAGUCUGGUGUAAUUUAGGUCAGAUGUUCCAAUAUGUAAUCAUUUUGAAAAAAGAUGAAAAUAGGUGUAAUACUGUUUGAAUAAUUAGAUAGAAAACUUUGAAUCAAUUUGACUGUAUGAUCUGGUUGAAGUGUAAAGUGCCUUGAGAUGACAUGUGUUGUGAAUUGGCCCUAUAUAAAUAAACUGAAUUGAAAACUGAAUUGAAUAACUUGUAAGAUGAAUCAAUACAUAAAUCAAAUUGCAAAAAUGUAUUGAUUAUAUAUUAAAAGCAUACUGUAUGUCUUUAUUUCAUAAUCCUGUUUUGUAGUUGAUCGUAAUGGGUGAUUUGAUUUUUGUUU